UGCUCAGAAAGAAAUAGUCAACGCCGAUGCAUCGGAUUCAUUAGCGCCGUAUAGAACUGUAUCGCAAACUGUAUACAUUGUAAAAUUGAAAUUUAUUACUUAUUUUUUAAUUGCUUAGUUCGAUGUCUCGCCAUGAGACGGCAUUAAAUCUACUCGUAUUUCUGCUAUAAGCUGAAAUUGUCCCAAGUAACGUCAUCAUAAGAGAUAUUUUAAUAAAAGACUAAAAUGUAUGUUGAACUGCAGUUACGGUUUCUAAUUUUGCUCACUACAAUUCAAUGUAUACAAUGCAGCGAUUUACUAAAAGGUCCUUUAGUUAAUUCAAAUGCUGGAUUAAUAAGAGGCCUGCAAGCUUCUGACGGUGAUUAUUCCAUGUUCCUGGGCAUACCGUAUGCUAAAGUCAACGAGAGUAAUCCUUUUGGGGUUUCAAUCCCACAAGAAAGAUUUGAAGAAAUAUAUGAGGCGAAUAAUGAUUCAUUAAUGCUAUGUCCACAAUAUAAAAAAUCAUCAAACACCACUGUAGGAAAUAUAAAUUGCUUAUAUUUGAAUGUAUAUGUACCAAAUGUAGCUAGUUUACAAAACCGUCUACCAGUGAUGAUUUGGAUUCAUGGUGGAGCAUUUAUGACUGGCAGUGGAAGAAAAUUGACAUACGGCCCCAAGUUUUUAGUAAAACAAAAUAUCAUUCUAGUGACAAUCAAUUAUCGUCUUGGACCAUACGGUUUUAUGUGUCUCGAUAUACCGGAGGUACCAGGUAACCAAGGAAUGAAGGACCAAUUAUUAGCCCUGAGGUGGGUUAAAAAUAAUAUCGAAGCAUUCGGAGGUGAUGUUAAUAAAAUAACUGCAUUUGGAGAGAGUGCUGGUGCGAUGUCAGUAGAUUUACAUAUUUUAUCUGUACAUGACAUUAUUUUUAAUAAAGUAAUAAUGCAGAGUGGUACAGCCUUAGCAUCCACUAUUUUAGUAAAGCCAGAUAAAUUGGCUCCUAUUAAAAUAGCAAAAUUUCUUGGUUUUAAAACUGAAUCUGUACCUGAAGCGUUGAAUUUCCUGGUUACAACUGACCCUAAUCUAAUUAUUGCCGCCGUAAAUAGUCUUGAUAUGCUUUUCAAACCGUGCGUUGAAACUAAGUUUAGUAAUGUUGAACCAUUUAUACUUAAAUCUUGGAUUAAUGCAAAUCCGAAAAGAGUCAGAGGAAUGCCAAUACUUUUGGGAUUUAAUAAUAAAGAACGAUUGUAUGAAUAUGUAACAAAACCAGCUGAAUAUUUCGAUAAUUUACAUGUAAUACAUGAUAAAUUAGUACAAACUUUCACUUUUAAUGAGAGCAAACUUACAAAAAUGGAAAAUAUUAUUCAUCACUUUUAUAUGGGAGAUAGGAAAAUAAGCAUAAAAGUAAGAGACGAGAUUGGUGAUUUUGAUUCUGAUUAUACAUAUAUACAUCCAAUUCAAAAAAGUAUUCGACACUACAUAAAAAAUUCGCCUAAAAAUAUAUUCUAUUAUAUGUUUUCAUAUAGUGGUAAAAGAAAUUUUAACAAAGUAACUCUCAACGUAACCGAAGGAGGUGCUUUUCAUGGUGAUGAAAUUGGAUAUUUAUUCGACGCGUCAUUUCUUCCUGAAGAUAAUCAAGAAGACUUGGUUAUUGUAGAACAAAUGACAACAAUGUGGACAAACUUUGCUAAAUAUGGUGACCCCACACCCGCCACAUCAGAACCGCUACCAGUUAAAUGGACUCCCCUAACAAAAAACAAGUGGUAUUAUUUGAAUAUAGAUUCGGAACUGGCCAUGGGAUCUAGACCACUCAACGAGAGAAUGGCAUUUUGGGACUUAUUUUACGAAACAAAUAAAAAGGAACAGAAAGGCUAUGAUCGAAACUCAGAAAUAUAAAAUAAUCUUAAUAAAAAGGAUAUGUUUACUUAUUUUUUUUUCGGAAUUCUUCCUUCAGAGAAAUAUAAUAUCAUAUGCUAUAUCCCGUAUGUUUUGCAUCCGGAAAAUGCAAAAUAAUUAUACUAAAUUUAGUAUCUCAUAUACCUUUACUAUCUCUAUUACUUUUAUUUUUUUAAAUAUAGUUACACAAUAUAAAUAGUACUUUUUCAUAUUCAUAUUUUGUUUGUUUUUGAUGUCUUAAAAUUACAAUAAGCAUUAUUAUUUUUUUAUAUUUUACUCAAUAAAAUUGUAUAUCAUUUG